CUCAAAAUAGUUCUGCCCACAACACUAUCUAAUUAGGCGGCACCCGAGAGCUGUGACGCCAUAUGUCGUGAUCACUGUAUGACUACCCACUGCUCAAGCCACGCAUAAGCCUAAAAAUGGCCAGUGGGACACAAAUUCGAGUUCUUUACUCACCAACCCAUGUUUGUAGUACCAGCCAGUCUAAGCCAACAUGGUGUCUACAGCCCCUCCAAGUUCGUGGUCGACGUAUGGCUCGUGAUUAUGAGGCUUGGAAGUACAUGUCGAACAUUGCACGAAUUUGCCUCAUUACGACAUGUCUGGCGCGACGUCCUCUUUCGGCAUCACAUUCGUCACCAGCUGAAAACCGCUGCCCGACUAGACCACAUAUGGACACAGCCUAGCAUUGCCCCUAAGCGUCUUUACUCGUUCCCACUAGAUUUCCCUGGUGUAUUUCAAGGUCUCAAAUUUCUUCCGGGUGGGACAUGGCUAGUGUUGCUCUUCCACUGUCGAAAUCUCAACCCUACUCGACACUCUAACUUGUGCUUAAUAAAACCAAGCACGGGUGCUGGAUUUCCCGCUGCAUCUACGACCUUUCAGAGCGAGAUUUGCUGGCUCCCCUUCGUCGACCAAGACGGUCCGUAUAAAUCGGCUCGUGGCGAUGACCUCAUGCUACUACGAACUAAGUGCAGUGACGGAUCCAACACCUUUGGAAUCAUGCAUCUAAAUACAAAGGUACCCUCAGUCACGAUACCUCUCAUUUUUCGCACAAACGUGUUUGUGCGGAACUAUGCGGCAGCAGGAGACUAUGUCGUGUAUGGGUGGAUUACUUCGGACAGGAGGCAUUUCCUUCGUAUCAUGCAGCUAAACGAGAAUUACGACAGUUUUCGAAAGGAUAUGACUGUUGAAAUUGACUGUCCAAAGGGACACGACGGCAAACUCCGCAUACGGUACGACCUGCGCCUGUCCGGUCGGGUUCCGUGCAUCUUGCUCGUCAGCACGCGAUUGAUGGCUGCGUAUAAUAUUCCCUCUACUGUACCCAACGACUUCGAUGCAAACUCACCACCGUUGCUUACGCCAUUCUGGCAGCUUCGCCCUGCUGGCGUGACCUUCGGAUGUUUGGUCAAAAUGUUUCAUGAAGGCGCUAUAGUAUCUUUGUAUGAAGGCCAGAUUCGAUUCAUACGACCUGACCUCGAUGCAUCGGAACCAAAUGCCUGCGUCAUUGAGAAGUACAAUAAAGGGACGACAUGUCCUUGGCAAAUGGCUAUCGAGACGACCACAGGACCAGAAAACGACCACCGUGAAGGUCGUACACUUAUGGACCUCCAGGAAACUCAGACCCCGGCUCCAUCUGUGACAACUCGAAUACUGCAGGAUUGGGAUGAGCUUUCGGGGAGACUUUGUAUUAGAAGCGUACAAAGCCGCUUUACGCAGUAUCCGAGGUGUCGAAGGACUGUUUGGCGGGUCACAUUGGUAGAUUUCGUUUGAGAGAGUUACCUGAAUCUAUUGUAGAAACAUUGCAUAUCAGUUGACCUGUUUUUUGUAUCCAUUUACGUUCAUUAGAGACUAGUAUAGUACUCUAUGGUUGAACGAAAUCGUUCAACUAGUUUUGUAUGCGUAAGCGCAACAUUAUAAAUUUGCAUCAAAUUAUCA